UGAUAUUCUAUGAUUUUCUGCACGGAUACCGCUGUGGUAUCUCCCAUGAAGGAAGUAUUCGCCAGUUUUCAGGGAAUAAGCCUCUCAUUUCUCUCUGGUGGUUUGGUGGAGCCCAUCCAUGACACGUCAGCCAGGGCAAGUGCUUCAGGUGUCCUGGAUUGGACCCUAGGACAAGUGCUUGCAUUAUAUUUUUAGUUUAUGAGCUCAUUAAUGGCCUGACAGAGUUUGUACAGUACCAUGCUCUUAUGUUUAAAUUAAGUGCUCAGGAUAAUCUUAUAAUUUCCUAAUCAAAGUGAGAAAGACGUUGAAGUUUAGUUGGGCCAGAUCAGAGUAAAAGGGUCCCAGCCCUCAUUCAAGUAAAUAGUGCCUUUGGCUUCAGUGGGACAAUGUGAGUGGCUGUGGGUUGCAGGAUUGAGCACUUUCUGCAGCCCUGCAUCUCCCACAGUUCUGCUACGUCUGGUGCUCCCCUGCACUCUGCAGUUUCCAAAGGCAGUUCAAAGCUAUGGCACGGCGUUUGCUGGCCACUCCUUUUUCUCCCACUUAACCAGAGGCACAGCAGCCAAGGAGCAGUUUUUCUCAUCAUCUUUUUUGUCUUUAUUUUUUAACCAUUUUCAGGCAAUAGUGAGCUUUUUUUCUUUGUUCCAAACCUUCUGCGUGGUUUAGGGUUUGUGCAGCUUCAAGGCCACAGCUGUGGGGAGCCUCUGCAGCAGUGCUUCCCUGCUGAGGUCCUCUGCCCUCUUUUAUGUAUGGCACAGCAGCUGUGCAAGUACCGGGCAAAGCACAAAAGGUGCUCAGUAUGUGAGGAAGCUUCCCCAGGCUUGACAGAGGAUAUAUUAUGUCCAGCUUGCUGCCAGCCAGCCAACCCACAGGACUCUGAAUUGGACAGGCAUGUUGGCCCCUAUUCCCCUCCCCAAUAGCUAUGUCUCCACUGCAAAAGUCACAGAGCAGAACAGGAAGAGGCUCUGAGGAGGAGGAGGAGGAGGACUUUAUCCAGAUGACCCAGAGGAGGAGUAAGGGAGAAGCGCUGAAAUUUUAAUCUUGAAGCAAAGAUGCAAGCAUUAAUGCCUGAGCCUCAGAUUUAUGUAGAAAGAACUCUGGCCCUCAUCAAACCAGAUGUAAUUGACAAAGAAGAAGAAAUAGAAGAUAUAAUUCUCAGAUCAGGAUUCACCAUUGUUCAGAAACGAAAGCUCCAACUAAGCCCAGAGCAAUGCAGCAACUUUUAUGCAGAUCAAUAUGGCAAAAUGUUUUUUCCUAAUUUAACAGCAUAUAUGAGUUCUGGGUCUUUAGUUGCUAUGGUUCUCGCCAGACAUAAUGCUAUUGCAUACUGGAAAGAGUUGAUUGGACCAUCAAAUAGCAUAAGAGCUAAGGAAACACACCCUGACAGUUUAAGAGCAAUCUAUGGGACAGAUGAUCUGAGGAAUGCAGUUCAUGGCAGUAUCAGAUUUUCCUCAGCAGAAAGAGAAAUUCGAUUCAUGUUUCCUGAAGUGAUUAUUGAGCCAAUUCCAGUUGGACAAGCUGCUAAGGAUUACCUGAACCUCUAUGUCAAUCCUACACUACUAGCUGGGCUCACCGAGCUUUGUAAGCAGAAACCAGCAGAUCCAUUGAUUUGGUUUGCUGAUUGGUUGAUAGAACAUAAUCCCAAUAAACCUAGGCUACAGCAGUGGAUGACUGUGGAAGAACCUUAAGGAUGAAAGUCCAGUGGAGAUUUUGUCAAACACUAUCAACUUAAGAUGCUUAUUAGUAUCAUUUUAAGUGUGUUUGUAAUUAAUAUUACAUGAAAUAAAUGUUAGUGUUAUAACCAACUACAAAUUGACUAGUAAUCAUUGGAUAAGUUGAACUAGAAAUUAUUUGUUUUAGGAUCUACUCCCGUUAAAUUAAUAAACAUAGAAUCACAUGCUGCA